AUGGAGAAGAAGACGAGAGUUCUUUGCCUUCACGGGCAGGGGACUUCUUCUGAGAUCUUGAGGAUUCAGUUGGCCCCAUAUCUUUUCCGACUACAAAGGGAGCUUGGCCUCGAAUUCCACUUUACCAACGGGCGUCUUCGGUGUGAUCCUCACCCGUCCCUUGUGGGAAUUUAUAACGGAGAGACUUACCAGAACUACUCGUGGAACGAUGACCACGGCCUGCCUACUGAAGAAAACAAGGUGGCCGUGAAGGAAGCCUUCUCUGAGCUGGGCAAGGUUCUCGAACGAGAUGGGCCUUUUGACGGGGUCCUCGGGUUCUCCCAAGGCGCGUCUUGCACAUGUGGGUUUUUGCUGAACAACGAGCGUAUCAAGGCGGGGACCCAGACCGAUUUUUUUCGCUUUGUCAUUCUCUUUUCGACAUCGGGCAUACCCGAAUGGGAGACCGAAGAUCAGGAAACGUGCAAGAUUCAAGUCCCUUCACUACAUGUCUGUGGGGAGGCCGACACUGAAUGGUUCCAGGACUCCAAGGCGGUUGUGGAUAGAUGCGAGGACGGUUCGGCCGAGCUCAUUGUGCACAGGGGAGACCAUUCGAUCCCAAGGGAUAGACCAACGGUUGAUAAGGUCGUUGAAGGUAUACGAAGGCUACUGGAAAGAUCACGAGAGGUCAAUGAGCCCUAG